AUGAAUAAUUUCUCAGUUUCAAAAUUAACUAUACCAAAUAUAAAUGAUUCAAGAAAACCAUUAAUAUUAGUUGGAACUGGUUCAUUUAACCCUAUUACAUAUAUGCAUUUAAGAAUGAUGGGUAAAUAA